AUGAACUCCGAAUGGCGAACCCUGUACUUGCAGUUCUGUAUACUGUUGCCAGCACUUUCCAACCGUUACCUCAAGACAUUUAUCGCUAUGAGAUUGGUCUUAUGGUGCAAUAGCUACAUCGCAGUGACAGGGGCUGCAGCGUCCUUGUUCAAGGGGGAGAGCCUAGAGAGAGAGGAGGACGCUCUAGUUAGCUUGUUUCCACUGAUUGGAUCUUCAAGUGUCAGGCACUUUACAAGCACUGCUUGCUUGUUGGGUGUCACUGGAGUUUUGGCUCCGAUUCUUGAGGAAACUAAGUUUAAACUAGUGUGUUGGAAAGUGGAGGCUGGAUUAACUAGUAAUCUGCCACCCAGGGUACCUACUCCAGUUGCUAUUGGAAUAAGUGCAGUUGUAUUUGCACUUGCACAUCUCACUCCGGAAGAGUUUCCCAGUUGCUCUGCUGUGGGAUUGUCAUAUGCUCAAACUCACAACCUUUUAACCCCCAUCACAAUAGAUGCUCUCUGGAACUCAGGAGUGAUAUUGCUUCUGACCUUCCUUCAUAUAAACAUGAUGAUGUCCGAGUAUUGA